AUGAGUUCGGUAUAUAAAUUGUCAAUUCAAGGUAUCAGAUCCUUUGAUUCAAAUGAUCGUGAAACUAUUGAAUUUGGGACACCGUUAACCUUAAUUGUGGGUAUGAAUGGGUCUGGUAAGACUACCAUUAUUGAAUGUUUGAAAUAUGCUACUACAGGUGAUUUACCACCGAACAGUAAAGGUGGUGUCUUUAUUCAUGAUCCUAAGAUUACCGGUGAAAAAGAUAUUAGAGCUCAGGUGAAAUUAGCAUUCACCAGCGCUAAUGGUCUGAAUAUGAUCGUCACAAGAAAUAUUCAAUUAUUAGUUAAACGGAAUACUAAUACAUUCAAGACUUUGGAAGGUCAAUUGGUCGCAAUUAAUAAGAUGGGUGAGCGUACUACAUUAAGUACAAGAUCUGUCGAAUUAGAUGCUCAAGUUCCUUUAUAUAUGGGUGUUCCAAAGGCUAUCCUAGAAUAUGUUAUAUUUUGUCAUCAGGAAGAUAGUUUAUGGCCAUUAAGUGAACCUUCAAAUCUGAAGAAGAAAUUUGAUGAAAUCUUUCAAGCAAUGAAAUUUACUAAAGCGUUAGAUAAUUUAAAAACGAUUAAGAAAGAUAUGGCGGUGGAUAUUAAAUUAUUAAAGCAAUCAGUGGAACAUAUGAAACUUGAUAGAGAUAGAUCAAAGGCAACAAAGAUUAACGUUUAUCGAUUGGAGGCAAAAAUAGGUGAGUAUCAAGAAGAAGUAAAUGAAAUCGAAAAACAAUUAAAUAUAUUGACAGAAAAAUCUGAUAAACUAUUUAAAUCUAAUCAAGAUUUCCAGGAAGUAUUAUCAAAAGUUGAUAAUUUAAAGACUUUGAAAUCUAUAACAGAAAAUGAUAUUAAUAGAAUUAAACAAUCAGUAGAAAUUAUCGAUCUCCCAACGUCUGAAAUUGAAAAUCUACUGGAGAAUUUCUCUAAUACAAUAGCUGAAAAGGAAAUGGAAAUUAAAGGUAUAGAAGAAACUAUUCAAACUGCUAAAAAUUCAGCGGCUCGUCUUCAGUCAUCUUGUAAUGAAUUACUUGCACGCCAAGGGGUGUUAAAGGCUAAAGAAGAUUCUUAUCAUAAAAAUUUAGAUGAUAUCAAAAUUCUAAAGAAAGAUGUGGCUAAUAUCUACCAGCUAAAUGAUGAAGAGACUAAUUUAGAUCAUUUUAUGACAAAUCUAAAACAACAAAAAACUAAUUUAACAACUGACCUUAAAGAAUUCUCUCAGAAGACAAACAAGGAGAUUGAUCAUCUUGAAACACGACUGAAUGAUAUAACAUAUAAGAGCACAGUAUUACAACAAAAAAUCGAUUAUAAUGUAUCUGAUAAAACGAAACUGGAAUCCAAAAUAUUAAGUCUGAGUAAAGAAGUUCCCACCAUUCGUUACAGUUCUGAAGAUCUUCUGAAUGAAAAAGAUAGCCUUGACAAAUUAAAUGCUGAUCUAAUAUUAAUGGAGAAGGAAGAUGUUAUUGAAACAAUUACAUCUCAAAUAAAAGAAAAAAAUGAUAGAAUAAUUGCAUUGGAAAAGGAAUUUGAAAUUAUUCAGAACAAGUUAACAAAAACAAGUGAACAAUCAGAAAUUUUUGCUAAAUUGGGUCUUGCCAAAGAAUCUUUAAAAGAAAAGCAAAGCAUAUAUCAAAGUAUAAUAGAAAAAUUAAAAAUAGAUGAAAAUUUUAAAAAUUGGGGUUUAGUAAUUAAUGAUGAUCUUGAUCUUGAUUUCAAGAAAUUUUUCAUUGAGUUACAAAAGAAGGUAGCUAUUUCUAAUAAAGAUUUCCAUGAGAAAGAUAAAGCAUUCAAUGAAUCGAAAUAUCAGCGUAAUAAUUUCCAGGAGGAGAUCGUCCGUAACAACCAGUCGAUUACAAAAAUAACACUUCAAAUAGAAGAAUCAUUACCAGAAAAUUGUUCGAUUGAGGACUAUGACGAAAUAAUCGAAGAGUCUGAGUUAUCCUAUAAAACCUCACUUGAAAAUUUGAAAAUGCACCAGACAACAUUGGAGUUCAAUAGGAAGGCUCUUGAUGUUGCUAGAGAAAAAGAUUGUUGUUAUUUAUGUAGUCGAAAAUUCGAAACUUCAGAAUUUAAAUCUAAAGUAUUGUCUGAACUUAAACAAAGGACGGACGCUAAGUUUGAAGUUACUUUAAAGGAAAUUGUUCAAGAAGAAAAAUUGACUCUUGAGGAAUUAAGAAGCUUGGAAAAAUAUGUUGUCCAAUUAAAAUCAUUAAAACAAGCAAAUUCUAUUGCUUCUGAUAAAUUGAGUGAAAUUGAACAGAAAGUCAUUGAAUUAGAAGAAGGUAAACGUAAAGCUGAAGAAGAGGGGACUAAACUAAAGAACGACAAAGAGCAUGCAGAAAGUGUGCUACGGCCAUUGGUGGAAAGAUUUAUAAAUCUCAAGCAAGAAAUUUCACGUUUGGGCAAAGAAUCUGACUUACUAACCAACAAAUUGGAAGCAUACAAAAAUUCAGACGGUUCGGUACAGUCUGUGAGUGAACUUCAGGCAGAACAGCGUAGUAGUAACAAUGAAAUGAGACAAUUGAGGUCUGAAAUAGCUAACUUACAGGAUUCUAGAGAAAUAAGAAACAAGAAACAUAGUAAAUUGGUAGAUAAUAUUAGGGAAAAAACCUCAAUUAUAGAUGAUAUUGAAAGAACCUUAUCGAAUGCUAACACCUUAGCCGCCGAAAUUGAGAAAAACAAAGAAGUUUUGGUAAACUUGGAGAGAGAUAUUAUACGGUUAAAAGGAGAAUGGCAGAAAUUUCAAGAACAAAAGUUAAAGGAAAAGGAUUCCCUUGCUGAAACAAAAAAUAUUAUCAGUAAAGACCUUGACUUUAAAAGAUCUCACCUUUCCAAGUUUGAAACAGAUAUAAAUAGAUUUUCAGAGUUAUUGAACGCAAUCCUGGAUUAUGAAAAAUCUGGAGUUAAUGCAUUGCCAGAAUGUGUGCAACAGUAUAACGAUAUAAAUGCUGAACUAAUGACAAUCAAAACAGAUAUUGAUGGAACUUAUGAUAUGUUAAAUAUAAAGAAACAAAAAAUUAAGGAUUCUAGCAAUGAGCAAAGGAACAUGAGAGAUAAUAUAGAGCUUCUUAAAAUGGUCGCAAAAUUGGAAGUUAUUAAUUCCCAAAUUGGAGAACUAGAUGUUCAAAAUGCAGAAUCUGAAAGAGAAACAUACCAAAGAGAGAGUUCUCGUUUAAGAAACGAAUAUGAAAAACUUACUUCGGAAAAUGCAGGAAAACUGGGUGAGAUAAAACAACUACAAAACCAGAUUGAAUCACUGAAGCGUCAAUUGCGUUCAGAUUAUAAGGAUAUUGAUGAUAAAUAUCGUAAAGAAUGGGUAGAGUUACAAACUCGGACAUUUGUCACAGAUGAUAUUGAUACAUACUCCAAAACAUUAGAUAACGCAAUCAUGAGAUAUCAUGGAUUAAAAAUGGAGGAUAUCAAUAGAAUUAUUGAUGAGUUAUGGAAACGAACUUAUAGUGGGACAGAUAUAGAUACAAUUAAAAUCAGAUCGGACGAGGUUACUAACACUACUAGGGGUAAAAGUUACAAUUAUCGUGUAGUGAUGUAUAAGCAAGAUGCGGAGUUAGAUAUGAGAGGGAGGUGUUCAGCAGGUCAAAAAGUGUUGGCGUCUAUCAUUAUUCGUUUAGCUUUAUCUGAAACGUUUGGUAUUAAUUGUGGUGUGAUUGCGUUAGAUGAACCAACCACUAACCUGGAUGAAGAAAAUAUUGAAAGUUUAGCUAAGUCAUUAUCCAAUAUUAUUCAAUUUAGAAGGCAUCAAAAGAAUUUCCAAUUAAUUGUUAUUACUCACGAUGAGAAAUUCUUGAAUCAUAUGAAUGCAUCUGAUUUUACGGAUCAUUUCUUUAAAGUCAAGAGAGAUGAUAGACAAAAAUCUCAAAUUGAAUGGGUUGAUAUUAAUAAGGUUACUGAAUAUUAG